UAGCUUCCCUGUAGUAAGCUGGCUACCGAGCAGCUGCUGACACUUUUUGUUGGGAGGCGGGUAACCGUUUGAAUUCUUGAGUGACAGGGGCGAAUAUUUUGGUAUUAGUGGUUAUAGAACGCGGGGAGCCCAGUAGAAGGCGGGUUCUGGAGGUUUGAUACAACUUUUUUGUUUUUGUAAAGUCACGAUAAAACAUUGUAACUGAUAGAAAUACAAAUGUCAGCGAUCGCCAGGGGUGGCGACUUAGCAAGGUAGCUAACCCGUUAGCAGCAGAACAAGCCAGCCAGUUGGCGAACGUUUGCAGAGCGUUGCGGUGCGAUGAGAAGUGAACCAGGGUCGAUGUUACCUUAUCGCGGGUGGUAGAUCUUCGUCAAACUAGAGUUUUCCCCCACAAACACGUAUCUUUGGAACUUUCUGGCUGGCUGAUCCCCGUACAAAAUAGACCACGGAUAGCCAUUUAAAGGGAAAGGGGGAAGUUGUCCGGACAGCGAGCUCAGGUCCCAAGUUCUAAAACAACUUUGCAAAAGUUUAUGAACCGUGGUAAAUCGGCCAAAUAGGGGAUUUCAUGCCGGUCCAUGUGCUUAUUUGGAUAGCUAGCGUGUCUGAAAGAGUUAGCUAGCAACCCAGCUAGCUUUCAAACUUUGCAGCGCUAGCUAAGACCGAUACCGCUAUUAGCAACCUUGCUGUAUCAGACCUGCAGAACAUUGGGAACAGCAGCAAUGGAAGAAAAUGAUAACAUGGAGUAUUUUUACCAGCAAGUUUUGCAGAAGGACGUGGCUCGGCGACUACAGGUUGGCCAAGAUCUCAUUGACUUCCUCAACGAUCCGCAAAGAUCGCCCGAUGUGGAGCAGGACAAAUCCCGUCUAGAUAAAACUAUGGACGAGCUAACGGGAUGGGUGAAUUCAAGCAAUUACAAGGUGGCGCUGCUGGGAAUAGACAUUGUUGGAGCGUUUGUGGAUCGCUUGGCAGAGCGCUUCAGAGGCUAUAUAGGAACAGUGGUCCCUGCUCUGAUUGACAGACUGGGUGACUCUAAGGAGCAGGUGCGGGAGCAGAGCCAGGCCCUCAUUCUCAGGCUGAUGGAACAGACGGCCCCCGUCAUGUACGUUUGGGAACGGCUGCUCCCCGGAUUCAAACACAAGAACUUCCGGAGCAGGGAGGGGCUCUGCCUGUGCCUUGUCGCUACGCUAAACUUGUACGGUGCUCAUCCUCUGACCCUCAGCAAGAUUGUCCCAUACCUCUGCACACUGACAGGAGACUCCAAUGGACAGGUUCGGGAAACGGCGACGUCCACGCUGGUGGAGGUGUACCGCUUCGUGGGGGAGAAAGUGAGAGUCAGCCUGAACAAGCAGGGCCUGCCGGCCGCACGGUUGCAAGCGAUACUCUGCAGGUUUGAUGAAGUGCUGAACUCUGGAAACAUGGCUCUGAGCCUCAGCAACGAUAAAAGUUUUGACGAUGACGAUUCUGUGGACGGGAGCCGGUCCUCCUCUGCCCAGCCGGCCUUCAAGGUCCCGGCCGCCAAGAAGCCCACGAACCAGAGCGCCACCCGCAGGCCGAGCGCCGCGGGCGCCGUCAAGCCCGGAGGGCCCUCUAAGGACGGGGCAGGGAUCUACUCCUCACGAGACCUGGAGGACAACCUGAACAAGAUCCGAGAGAUCCUGUCUGACGACAAGCACGACUGGGACCAGAGGGCCAUUGCGCUGAAGAAGGUGCGGUCGCUGCUGGUUGCCGGGGCGGCGGACUACGACUGCUUCUACCAGCACCUGCGCCUGCUGGACGGCGCCUUCAAGCUGUCGGCCAAGGACCUGCGGUCCCAGGUGGUGCGGGAAGCCUGCAUCACUGUGGCGCAUCUCUCCACGGUUCUGGGCAACAAGUUUGACCACGGGGCUGAGGCCAUAGUUCCCAUCCUCUUCAACCUCAUCCCCAAUUGUGCCAAGGUGAUGGCCAUGUCGGGCGUGUCUGCCAUACGCUUCAUCAUUCGGCACACCCAUGUUCCCAGGCUCAUCCCCUUGAUAACCAGUAACUGCACAUCCAAAUCUGUUUCUGUGAGAAGGCGCUGUUAUGACUUCCUGGACCUGCUGCUGCAAGAGUGGCAGACCCAUUCGCUGGAGAGACACACGGCCGUCAUGGUGGAGAGCAUAAAGAAGGGAAUCAGGGACGCAGACGCCGAGGCCAGGGUGGAGGCCCGGAAGGCGUACUGGGGCCUGCGGAACCACUUUCCCGCCGAGGCGGACAGCCUGUUCAACUCCCUGGAGUCCUCGUACCAGCGCAACCUGCAGUCCUGCCUGCGCAGCUCCGGCAGCGCCGCCUCGCUCCCCCAGUCCGACCGCUCGUCCUCCAGCUCCCAGGAGAGCCUCAAUCGCCCUCUGUCAUCCAAGUGGUCUGCGGCUCCAGGGAGAGUUCCCGUCGGCGCCAGGACAACCGGCUCGCCAGGGUCCCUGCAGCGUUCCCGCAGCGACGUUGACGUCAACGCCGCCGCCGGGGCCAAGGCCCGACACGGCGGGCAGGCGGGGGGCGCCAGCCGCCUGAACGCCUCGGGGCUGCCCCCGGGGUCCUACGCCUCCCUGGGUCGACUGCGCUCCAAACAGACCCUCUCCACAGUGUCAGGGACCCCAGCCAGCUGUCAGGUGGACUCCAGGAGUCGCAGUCGAACCAAAAUGGUCUCCCAGUCCCAGCCGGGCAGCAGGUCCGGGUCCCCGGGCCGGGUUCUGGCCAGCACGGCCCUCAGUACCGUCAGCACGGGGGCCCAGCGGGUGCUGGCCACCUCCGGCUCCCAGAGGCGCAGCCGCAUCCCGCGCAGUCAGGGCUGCAGCCGCGACUCCAGCCCCACCCGGCUCUCCGUAGCUCCUUCAAACCAAAGUCAGAUGUACAGUGAGCGGAGUAGUCGAGCGCGCGGUAGCCGAAUCCCUCGGCCUAGCAUGAGUCAGGGCUGCAGCCGGGAGGCCAGCCGCGAGAGCAGCAGGGACGCCAGUCCUGUCCGCUCUUUCCAGCCCCUGGGUAAGUCAGUCAAGCCCACCUUGCCCAAUCAUCUACCUGCUGUGCAUGGCCCCGCCCCGAUACCCCAGUCCCAACCCUUCUGGCACCAGAUCACUGGUAAAGUCUGCAUUCGUCCAUGUGUCAGUCUUCAUGGGGGGGGAGGGGGGGUGGGCGCGGCGCAUGUGACCCAUCCGCUAUCCUUCUUUCUCUCUGCUCCUUCCUUCAUCCUCCUCUUGGCCUCCUUCCAUCUAUUCUUCUUUUUGUCCUUAUCCAGCGGGUUUUCCGCGGUCCGUCGGAUUUCUGUGUUCUCCGUAAUGCUUCAGAAAUCGGACAUAGAAGCGAGCUCACCCCGACACGUCUCCAGGUCCACCGGGGCCCUCCACACCCAGGAUGUGUUUGGGGCUGCAGGAUAUCGCGGCCAAUGGAAUAACACGAGGUGGGGACUCGCUGACUCUCUGCCCCGCCCCCUCCCCUCCCGCGUGCAGAAGAAGCCGGCCAGGCGGAGGUACGACGCGUACGGGAUGUACUCGGACGACGACGCCAACAGCGACGCGUCCAGCGCCUGCUCGGAGCGCUCCUUGAGCUCGCGCAACGGCGGCGUCCCCACCUACAUGCGCCAGACGGAGGACGUGGCCGAGGUGCUCAACCGCUGCGCCAGCGCCAACUGGUCCGAGAGGAAGGAGGGCCUCAUGGGCCUGCAGAGCCUCCUCAAGAACCAGAGGACCCUCAGCCGUGUGGAGCUGAAGAGACUCUGUGAGAUCUUCACCAGGAUGUUCGCUGACCCACACAGCAAGAGAGUGUUCAGCAUGUUCCUGGAGACCCUGGUGGACUUCAUCCAUGUGCAUAAGGAGGACCUGCAGGACUGGCUCUUCGUCCUGCUCACGCAGCUGCUGAAGAAGAUGGGCGCUGACCUGCUGGGCUCGGUCCAGUCCAAGGUCCAGAAAGCGCUGGACGUCACCAGGGAGUCCUUCCCCAAGGACUUGCAGUUUGCCAUUCUGAUGAGGUUUACGGUCGACCAGACCCAGACACCCAACCUGAAGGUGAAGGCGGGCAUCUUGAAGUACAUAGAGACUCUGGCCAUGCAGAUGGAGCCCACGGACUUUGUCAAUUCCAGCGAGACUCUUUUGGCCAUCUCUCGCAUCAUCACCUGGACCACAGAGUCCAAGAGUUCUGAUGUCAGGAAGGCGGCGCAGUCGGUCCUGAUCUCCCUCUUCCAGCUAAACACCCCGGAGUUCACCAUGCUGCUGGGCUCUUUGCCUAAAGCCUUCCAGGACCAGGCCACCAAACUCCUGCAGAACCACCUGCGCAACACCGGCAACACUGCGCAGGCCUCAGUGGGCAGCCCCCUCACCGCCCGACACACCCCCCGCUCCCUGGCCGGCUGGUCCAGCCCCCUCACCUCACCCACCAACCUCUCUCAGAACACACCCUCACCAAGCGCGUUCGACUACGACACGGAGAACAUGAACUCGGACGACAUCUACAGCUCCCUGCGGGGAGUGACCGAGGCCAUCCAGAACUUCAGCGUGCGCAGCCAGGAGGACAUGAACGACCCUCCCCGGCGGGACGGCAAGAGAGACGGGGAAGGGGACGCCGGCGGCUUUGGGGGCGGUGGUGUGGACGCCCUGGACUCUGGCCGCACCGCGUUGGACAAUAAGACCUCUCUCCUCAACACCUUGCCUCUGAAACACUCCAGCCCCCGCGGAACGCGCGACUACAACCCCAUCAAUUACUCCGACGACUCGUCCAUUCUCAAGGACAGCAGCACGGGCUCAUUGGCACUGUACAGCAGCUUGGACCAGUCAGAGAUGGUGGCUGAGAUCCUGAAAGAUCUGUCCAAUCACGAGGAGCGCGUGGAGGAGAGGAAGGCGGCGCUGAGCGAGUUGAUGAAGCUGAUUCGGGAUAAGCAGCUGCUGGUCUGGGACGAGCACUUCAAAACCAUCCUGCUGCUCCUGCUGGAGACCCUGGGGGAUCGGGAGCAUGUGAUCAGGGCGCUGGCGUUGAGAGUGCUGAAAGAGAUCCUGAACUGUCAGCCCUCGCGCUUCAAGAACUACGCAGAGCUCACCAUCAUGAAGGUCCUGGAGGCCCACAAAGACGCUCACAAGGAGGUGGUGCGUGCGGCAGAGGAGACUGCAGCCAUGCUGGCGACCUCUAUCAGCCCAGAGCAGUGCAUCAAGGUCCUGUGUCCCAUCAUCCAGUCGGCCGACUACCCCAUGAACCUGGCCGCCAUCAAGAUGCAGACUAAAGUAAUCGAGCGCAUCCCCAGAGAGCAUAUGAACCAGCUGCUCCCCGAGAUCGUCCCCGGGCUCAUCCAGGGCUACGAUAACACAGAGAGCAGCGUGCGCAAGGCCUGCGUGUUCUGCCUCGUCGCCAUUUACACCGUCAUCGGGGAGGAGCUGAAGCCACACCUCGGCCUGCUGUCCGGCAGCAAGCUCAAGCUGUUAAAUCUGUACAUCAAGCGGGCUCAGUCGGGCCCUGGCGGGGGCGAUCCCACAGCAGACCUCUAGAGCCGGGGCUUAAGAGCGCGGGCGGACAUCGCCUCCUGCUGGCCGGUCAGAGCAUGACUGAGACUCUCACGGGAAGCGCAGUCGGGCUGUGGCCCACACGCAAACCACACGUGCAUACAGUUCUCACAGUGCAGGACACCCUCUCCUGGUCUCCACCCUGCAUGCUGCCUGCUACACUUGGCUCUGGAACUUUCCGUGUGCAGCUCAGCAGUGUCAUCCUUCAUUCAGACGCGUUGCUUCUACAUCACAGACGGGGUUCCAGUUCCAGCCCGUCUCCCACCUCCUGCAGCACAAUCCUACCAGUGUUCCUCAUCUCAGUUACGGCUUUAUAUCUUUUUUUCCUGUUUCUGUAAAGCUCAUGAGGAAGUCAAUCAACUGCUUUAAACAGGAGUGGAGAAAGGUGCUUCUGUCCAGUGAUCUAUUUUGUUUUUGUCUCUUAAGCAUUGUUUGUUUUUACUUCAGUUCCAGUAUAUACAAAUAAAAGUGCAGAUUUUUUGUUCCUGAUGAUGGUUCAGAUGGGCUGAGAUAGUGGGAAGGUUUCUGUAAUGGUGACCUCAAAAGUGCUAGACCCAGGAUCAUGCAUCAAAUAUUAAUCCAUUUACAACGCUAAUGGAACAUGUCUGCUGCCAUGGCAACGGUGCUCCUUCAAACAUGAAGCCUUAGCCAGACAGGAAGGAAGCAUUUUCACUCCAUUAUCUCCUCUUCUGUGGUUGCAUAGCCAUAUGCGAGAACACGUUAAAUAUUUCACGGGGCUGAAACAGUUCCUUAAUUUUAGGUUUCACGGGGGAACGAGAUCAUUUAGAAUGCUGUUUGCUCUCAGCUCGCCGUGGUUUUUACUUAGUGACUUGAGUGAAUUUCUGCAGUCAGCACCAACACCUGAGUUACUGCAGCAACAGACAGGCCUGUCCGGCACUGCAGCCACCUUACAGGGAGCCGAUCGCUGGGGCAGGCGUCAGGUGGUACGAUCUGUUCGCUUUCCGCGGUGCAGUCUGAGGUGAAAGGUGGUUAUAGUUGCUGGGGUGUCAUGACCUUCAAGGAUGUGCUAAUGUAGCACAAGUGCGGUACGUUUAGUAAAGUCUCCCUUUUGGCCUGCGCGGCUUUUUGUUUCUGUUAACAAUCCCCUGACAUGAACAGAAAUUUUCCUUCUCAACUGAUUCUCCACCUAUAGCAGGGUUUCAUGCAGUCUUCCUGUCAAAUCUUGUGUGAUGCAUUUGGGGAAAUCUCUGUAACCGUGGCUCCCCUAAAAAUCAUAUACAGAACUGAUGAGAUGAGCGAUAUCCUGUUCGGGGAUGUUACAGAAUGUGCUGGGUGUCCAAGAGGGGGUCUCAGGUCACACAUUGUACCCCUGAAACUUCCCCUUGCAUUUGUACACACACACACACACACACACACAUGCACACACACUCACACACUCAAUCUCUCAUCUGUUCUCUCCUGUGUUCUCACUGUCUGAUCUCUGUCUCUGAUUUGAUCUUCUUUCAACACCUUCUGAACACCAUUUGCUUUCCCGAGAGUUCAGCCAGAAACUGAAAAGAUUCAUUAAUGAGCGGCCUGUUGGCUGGAGGCUGAAUUUAUCCUAUUUUCUCUUGUCGCGAAAGUAGUUAUUUUUCUUCAAUGGAAAAUUUGUAGAAAUGUAUUUACAGACUUGAAUGGCAAAAUGGCAUCAACGUCACCCUUUUUCCUCUUUAACAGUUGUUUUUUCUUUUUUGUUUUGUUGCUUGUGAGUGUAUCAUUUUAGUUUUCACUUCUGGUUCCUUUGUGUAUUUAUAUACCCGUGCAUAGUUGUGCAUAUACCGGAAAUAAAAUUGUACAGAACCUUGAAAAA